GACACCCUCGCGCUUCCUUCGACCCGGACGGACACCCAUGAAUUGCCGAACCGCCAACUGAUGCAACGGCAAGGUCGCUUUUGUAUUAGCCGCAGAACCGAACGUCGCGAAAAAGCACACCGGGUCUACGGGCAGGCAUGGACGCGACCGCAGUAGUCGCGGAGCCAAGUCGGCCGGACUCACGACGACGACCUUCGGCUCUCAACGGGCACGCUCCGAGGACUCACUGCUUGCCGCAAGUCAUCGCGAGACCAUCUCCUCAUGUAAUGGACACAGAUGACGGCAUCAUGCAGACUGCGCGAUCAGUCGGUCAUAUAAGCGACUGCCUUGAUCCACGGCCCCUGAACGUCAAAAGUCAUGUCGGACCGACGAUUAGACAGACCUGGCGAGAUCAAGGCGGCCCAUUGGGCGCCACACACAAGGCUCCCAGGCGAAUCUCGGGCCGAUCAGCUCAAGUGAGGGUUCGAAGCUCGUCGGCAACCCGCCCUGCAAUUAAUCUCCCUCCCCAUACAUCAGCAGACCCAAGGCACUUGAGACGCGCGACUCGGCCGUCUUACCCCACGGGGAAGCUCACGGCACUGCAAGCCCCGCCGAUCGACACGAUCCUCCCAUCUCGCAUGGGCGCUUAUGUUCUGCAGUCCGACUUCACCCAUUGCAGCUACGGAUAUAGAUCCACACUACUUCGUACUCUGCCCUCUGUCCAACGUCGUUAAUAAGGCGUCGUACAGACUAAAGGUUGCAUCGAACGAAUUCGUCACUCCACCCGAAGUCGAAUAUAAAAAUCUCUGCCUGUGCGGCUCCACCUGCGAGACGCACAGCAGACAAAAUCCUUUAUUCGAUACUCUUCGCGAUGAAGCUGUCGUCUCUCUUCGCACUCGUGCAAUUGUGUGCCGCUGCCCUGGCUGCGGACACUGCCUCUUGGAAGGCCCGCAACAUCUACUUCGCGCUUACUGAUCGUAUCGCUCGAAGCGGCAGCGAUUCAGGAGGCGGCUCUUGCGGCGACUUGGGCAACUACUGCGGCGGCACCUUCCAAGGUCUGCAGUCCAAGCUCGACUACAUCAAGGGUCUCGGCUUUGAUGCCAUCUGGAUCACGCCGGUUGUUGCAAACAGCGAUGGGGGCUAUCACGGGUACUGGGCUCGGGACCUGUACACGGUCAACCCCAAGUACGGGUCAGCAGAUGACCUAAAGAGUCUUGUGAAUGCCGCUCACGGCAAGGGAAUGUACGUCAUGGUCGACGUCGUCGCGAACCACAUGGGCAAGGCCAACCUUGCCGACAACAAGCCCACCCCACUAGACCAGGCGUCUUCGUACCACCCGGACUGUGUAAUCGACUAUUCGAACCAAACGAGCAUUGAGAACUGUCGCAUCGGGGGCCUCCCGGAUGUCGAUACGCAAGAUCCCGCCAUCAGGAAGCUCUACCAGUCGUGGGUCAGGUGGCUCAUCUCCGAGUUUGGCUUUGACGGGGUGCGCAUCGACACCGUCAGACACGUUGAGAAGGACUUUUGGCCUGAUUUCGCCUCCGCGGCCGGUGUUUACACCAUCGGCGAGGUCUUUGACGGCAACCCUGACUUCCUGGCCGGAUACGCAGGCCUCAUGUCUGGCUUGCUCAACUACGCCAUCUACUAUCCGCUCAACAACUUUUACCAGCAAAAGGGCUCAUCACAGGCCCUCGUCGAGAUGCACGACACGGUGAGCCGAAAGUUCCCGGAUCCCGCUGCGUUGGGCACAUUCGUGGACAACCACGACAACCCCCGGUGGCUGAACCAGAAGAAUGACCCCGUCCUGCUGCGCAACGCGCUGACCUACGUGCUGCUUGCUCGUGGCGUGCCAAUCCUCUACUACGGCACUGAGCAGGGCUUCGCCGGCGGCGCAGACCCUGCGAACCGCGAGGAUCUAUGGCGCAGCGGGUUCCCCACCGAUGGUGACAUGUACAAGUUCGUGGCGACGGUGGCGGGAGUGCGCAAGAACGCCGGCGGGCUGCCUGAAAACGACCAUGUCCAUCUUUUCGUCGCAGACACGGCGUAUGCGUGGAGUCGUGCGGGCGGCAAGAUCGUCGUGCUCACGAGCAAUGGCGGAAAGUCGCAGCACUACUGCUUCAACACGCAGAGACAGAAUGGGUCGUGGAAGGGCGCGCUGGACGGGAAAACGUAUACGUCAGACGGGAGCGGACAGCUGUGUGCCGACGUGGUCAACGGAGAGCCUGUUGUUCUUGUUUCUGCAUGA